AUGAUCUACGACAAUUCUGACCCUUGGGGUGCUGAAGGAGGUUCUUCUGCAAAGCCUGAUGCUGAAGAGUCUAAAGGCCAAUCAUGGGAAACUGCAGAUUAUGCCCGCACUGAACGACGUCCAAGACGAAGCAGAGGCAGAAGAGGAACUGAAGGCGGCCGAAGAGGUGAAUCCAGAGGUCGCUGGAGGGGCCCAAGUUCUACCAGAGAAGAAUCCAAAGGUCAGCCAUGGAAAUCCAGAGAGCCAAGACAAGAAGAGCCAUCAGCAGAUCCUUGGACUGCUGAAGAGUCCCAUAAAGAAGAAUCCAGGGGCCAAUCAUGGGAAGCGACAGACUAUAGCCACACUGACAGACAUCCACGAGGCUCCAGAAGCAGACGAGGCCACGGCGAAGAACGAAAAUUCAAGCCAAGGCACGACCAUGACGAAGAGCCUCGAGAAACCUCAGAGCAUCAUGAAGAGUCUCACGAUCAUCCCCACGAAGAAAGAAAAAGAUCAUACAAAGACACCCCAAGGAAGAAAGGUCCCAAACGUGGCGAAUUCGAAAAAGUCAAAAUUAAGCGCCGCAGAUUCUUUGAAAACAGCCACGGCAAAGAAGUCCUCUAUAGAGAAGAAGACGAGCAAUUCGACCCAGAAACUCAUUCUGCCCAAACCCAUUUCAGAGCUAAUAAGGACUGGGACGAGCUGCCGAUCCCACAAAAUCUUUUAGCCGCUAUUGAACAAGCUGGAUUCCCAUUCCCAUCAAAAAUCCAGAACUUCGGCAUUGAAGUGAUACUAAAAGAAGGCUACGAAAAUUUGUUAGCCCAAGCACCAAAUGGGUCAGGAAAAACAGCGACUUUUGUAAUAGGGUCAUUAUGCAGGGUGGAUAUAAAUAACCCUCAAACACAAGUAAUCUGCAUUAACCACACCAUUGAGCUGGCGAAUCAGAAUUUCCAAGAAUAUAAGCGAUUUGCGGAUCCUUGCGGAAUUUCUGUGUCUGUGCUGUCUAAAGGUGGAGAACGAAUUGAUGGGCAAGUUUUGGUAGCGUCUUCAGGGUCAUUUUUCAAAGCGUUGAAAACAAAAAGCAUUAAUUUGGAAGGACUAAAAGUGCUGGUUAUGGAUGAAGCUGACCAUAUUUUGAACAAAAAAGAUAAUCUUGAAAACUUUAAGAAAAUUGAGGAUUUCAUUAAAACUGGAUUCCCAAGAGACCAAGUCCAAGUUUUAUUGUUUUCAGCUACUUAUACAGAUAGUGUAAAAACUGAUAUAGUGCAGCUCUUACUCCCCCCCUCCGUGAGUGAACAAAAAAAUUUUGUUCACUCACGAAGGGGGCUUAAUUUUUUUUUUAAAAAAAAAUUUAUAUAUAAAUUUUAUAAAAAAUAUUUUUUUCGAAAUUUAAAAAAAUCCUAAUUCGCAAAAAUUGGAAAGCAAAUAUUCAUUUAAUUUAUAAAAUUUAUGUUUUAAAAAGCAAUUCGUUUAAAAUUAAACAGAAUUAGCUCUAGAUUUCAUUAUACUAAUUAUCAUUUAUAUAUCAAUUUUUUUUCCAUAAAAAAAUUUUCUAUUAAAAGCAUUUUUGUUCACUCACGGAGGAUAGGUUUUUGGGCAAAAAAUAGGGAUUUUUCUAAUGGUUUUGUUCACUCACCGAGGGGGGGAGUUAGGAAACCUUAACGAAAUUACUAUCAAAAAAGAAGAUUUAAUGCUCGACACUAUUGACCACUAUUAUUUCAGAACUCCUCAAAGCACAAAAAUAGACACUUUUGAGCAGAUUUUAAGAAAAAUCACUAGCGGAGUUUCCAUUGCUUUUGUCAAUACCUGCAAUUUCGCUAGAACUGUCUAUGGUGUCGUCUCCAAAAAAGAAUGGAAAUGCGCUUUACUUAUGGGACAAGAUAUGACUGUAGACGAAAGAAACCUGACCAUGAACGAUUUUACUGAAGGAAAAUACGCGACUUUGAUAACCACAAACUUGCUUGCAAGAGGUAUUGAUAACACCAAGGUGAAAUGUGUCGUUAAUUUUGACUUGCCAAGGAUCCCAAAAUCAAGAGAUAUUGAUGACGUUCUUUAUUUGCAUAGAAGCGGUAGGUGUUCGAGGUUUGGGAGACAUGGGGUUUGUAUUAGUUUGGUCACAACUGAUGAAGAGCUGGCUACUUUGAAGACUUUGGAAGACUCUUAUAAUAUGGAAAUUGCUGAAGUGAGGAGUUUAGAUGAUUUUGACGCAAUAGUUGGAGGAGGAGAAAAAGCUGCUGAGGAGGCGGUAAAGGAUUUAUAA